AUGCCGGGUGUUCGGUGGUCUGUGCUGCAGACGUUUCUACUGCUAAUAGUGUUGCUGUGCUCACAGGUAACGGCCGCUGCCGAUGCGGACCACAAAGCCGCGUUGCUGCGCUUGCGCGAGGCGAUUGCCCACCACGAUGUAGCGGAGGUGCGACACAUCAUUGACGAGGGUACAGUCAAGCCACAGAUUGCUUACCGAAUGCCGUCACCUCUCUACUGGGUGGUGAUUGAACAGGUGGACUCCGAAAAUCUUGCCCGCAUAACACAGCUACUAUUGGAGCAUUUCGGUGAGAGUAAUUACGACUACGAUAGGCACCACCCGCUGACUCUUGCAGUUCGACACCAUCUUUCGCGUGUAGUGACUACACUGUUGAAUUGGCCAGGUACUGUGAAGGAGGUCCUUGCCAAAUAUCUCCGCUGCGAAGAUAUUAGGCAUCUUCCUAGGUCUGUGAAGGUUGUCGUAACGCAUGAUAGCCAUACUUGCUUCCGAAACAUCGCUCGUAUGGUGGAAUUUGAGCAUAGUGAAUUAGCACAGGCGAUGCGGCACCAUCAGCGCACUGGGGAAGAAGCGACGCCCAAAGAGUUCGAGUGGUCAAAUCCGUUCUUGACGCCGCCGCCAGGGAGGAAGCCUCCGACCAAGGAACUCGUAAUGAACCCACGAGCUUUCCAGGAUUUCUCCGAAGCGGUUAUGUAUUACUUCCUUGGUGAGUGGGGCAGUGUAUAUAACCUCACUUUCAAGGCUAUUAUUUUGGCCUUCUGGUUGUUGACGUGUGGUGUUUUUGGGGCUGCGGUGCGUGGUUAG